AUGUCGGGUCCUCUGGCAAACAUUUUUGGGUCUGCCAUCCUCAGGGUCGCUGCCCUACUGCGUGUCCACUGUCCUGUGCUGGCGCUGAGGCUGUCCCGAGCAAGAGAAGCCGUCCUGGAUGCCCAGUUUCUUGUUUUGGCUUCAGAUUUGGGCAAAGAGAAGGCCAAGCAGCUGCGUUCUGAUCUGAACUCAUUUGAUAUGUUAAGAUAUGUUGAAACUCUACUGACACAUAUGGGUGUAAAUCCGCUAGAAGCUGAAGAACUCAUCCGUGAUGAAGAUAGUUCUGAUUUUGAAUUCAUAGUCUAUGACUCCUGGAAAAUAUCAGGCAAAACAGCAGAAAACACCAUUAAUAAAACCCAUACAUUCCACUUUCUGUUGGGUUCAAUACAAGGAGAGUUCCCUGUGCCAAAGCCACGAAGUGAUCGUCCAAGGAAAGGGCCCACGACGGAAGAGAAGAAGACUAUGCCGGACCAGUUAAGUGAAAUGGAAGACUCUCAUCAAGAAGCAACAGAAAAGGAAGUGGAAAGAAUUUUGGGAUUAUUGCAGACCUAUUUCCAAGAAGAUCCUGAUACUCCGAUGUCCUUCUUUGACUUUGUGGUUGAUCCACAUUCUUUUCCCCGAACGGUGGAAAACAUCUUUCAUGUUUCCUUCAUUAUAAGGGAUGGUUUUGCAAGAAUAAAGCUUGACCAAGACCGACUGCCAAUAAUAGAGCCUGUUAAUAUUAAUGAAGAAAGUGAGGGAAUUGACCAAAACACCCAAAUUAGGAAUCAAGGAGUUAUAGCUUUGAGUUACCGGGACUGGGAGGAGAUCGUGAAGACCUUUGAGAUCUCAGAGCCUGUGAUUGCUUCAGGCCAGAGCCAGCAGAGGCUAAGUGCUUGACGCCAGCAAAGGACUCAACUGGAUAAUGAAAUACAAACAGGGGAGCAGCAUGCAUUGUAUAUAUUGUAUGAUUAAACAUUUUUAAAGACAGAUUGUUUUUAGUAAAAUGUAGCUUUUGAUAGUUAAUGAAUUUGUCAUGGUUGUCUUUGAUUAAAGGAAAUUCACUGCCAUAUUCACAAACA